GUACGGCAGGGGGCGCCAAAGACACGUCGUGACGUCACAACAGGAAACUAAACAUGGCCGACAGUGAUUGAUAAAUGGCGAAAGUUAGCCACAAAUUUCGAUAAAGUCUUCGCGCCUUGAUGAGUUUUUUUGUGGGUAUGACUAUCUCUUAAUGUGUCGUUAUUUUUUUUUAUUAAUUUGCAAACGGGGUAAUUCUGACAACAAAGAGGAGUUAAUUGUUAGCUCCAACGUAGAGGCCUAACAACCGGGACGCUAGGUAGCUAGCAGUUUUAGCCACCGUCGUUGCCUUUGUUUUUGUUUGGUAAAUACGCAGAAAAGCCGGUGUCGUGAAACGUGUACCUUUAGACGUCUUCACUGCUCGAGUUCACUGCUAUAACGAGUCCUUUUUGUUUUAAAGUAGUCCGUGAGAGUCAAACCCUGGGAUUUUACGCCGGGUCUCCGCCAUAACAAAGCGUGUGAAACCGUGCGUUUCUUCAAAGCACACGUUCGACACGAAGUCGCCCUUAAAACAGAGGGACACCUCAGCAUUUUGAGCUGCCGGACUGUGUUUGUGUGUGAACGAUUAACCCAGGGGGAAAUGGAUCCACACGGCCCCACUCCUGCAACGUCCAACGACGGCAGCAGCGGCGGCUCCAGCCCCGCGUCCCCGUCCGGCAGCCCCGCACCGGCGGUGGGCGCAGCCAUGGUGACCGGGGGCAACGUGUUCGCUAAUGACGGCAGUUUCAUGGAGAUGUUCAAGAAGAUGGAGGAGGAGAAGAAGAAGAAAAAGGAGAAGGAACAAACAGUCUCCUUCAUUGGCAGUCAACCUACAAGAACUCCUGUAACGGUUUCAGUCUUCUAUCCCCUAACCCAGGUGGGGAAGCGCCGAGGCGGUGUGUUCCUUAAGACGGGCGUGGUUGUGAAGAAGCAGAAACAGGACACAGAAGCUACCCCGGGCAAGAGCGAUGCCUGGUCCAAGUACAUGGCUGAGGUGAAAAAGUACAAAGCCCACCAGUGUAGUGACGACGACAAAACCAGGCCUCUGGUCAAGUGAAGUCACAGUGUUGCAAAGGGGGGAGGAAAGGACCACCCGGGGGUCAGUGCUGACCUUCUCCCACUGCCAGCUGAUCUCUGACCUCUGACCUUGUUUAUAAACUGACUUGUUUUUCUAUUGGUUUGUCUGUUGAUUUGUUCUGGGGUUUGAACCUGUUUCCUUCUUAUUCUCUCUUCCAUCUUGUCGACUGUGUUUUCUUUGGGUUUUGAUAUUUGUUCUUCAGCCAAAUCAGGUUCCAUUAAAUGUACACUGCCUACUUCA